UGUGGCGAAAGCCGCAGGAGGGGAGGCCGCGCCGCCAUUAAACACAAUAGGAGGCAAAGGCAGAGCAGGAGGCAGGAGAGGAGGAGGAGGAGGAGGAGGAGGAAAGGCGAAGGGAUUUGGGGGUUUUUGGGGGGCCACGUCCUUCCUGAUCCCCCUCUUCUCCUCCGGACCCCUUCUUCUGCCCCUCCUUGAGGCCUCGCUCGGAUCCGUUUUCGGCCCAGAAGGCAGCCGCCCACAGGGAGAGCCCAAGGCCCGUGCCAUGAUGUUUCCCCAAAGCAGGCAUUCGGGUUCCUCUCACCUGCCUCAGCAGCUGAAGUUCACAACGUCGGAUUCGUGCGACCGGAUCAAAGACGAGUUCCAGUUGCUUCAAGCCCAGUAUCACAGCCUGAAGCUGGAGUGCGACAAACUCGCGAGCGAGAAGUCGGAAAUGCAGCGCCAUUACGUGAUGUAUUAUGAGAUGUCUUAUGGGCUCAACAUCGAGAUGCACAAACAGGCCGAAAUUGUCAAGCGGUUAAAUGGGAUCUGUGCUCAGGUCUUGCCCUACCUUUCCCAAGAGCACCAGCAACAGGUCCUGGGAGCCAUCGAGCGAGCCAAGCAAGUGACGGCUCCGGAGCUCAACUCCAUCAUCCGGCAGCAGCUUCAGGCCCACCAGCUCUCCCAGCUCCAAGCGCUGGCCCUGCCCUUGACCCCGCUGCCGGUGGGCUUGCAGCCCCCGUCCCUCCCAGCCGUCAGCGCCAGCACCGGCCUCCUCUCCCUCUCCGCCUUGGGCUCCCAGGCCCACCUCGCCAAGGAGGACAAGAACGGCCACGACGGGGACGCCCACCCGGAGGACGACGGGGAGAAGUCCGACUAGAGACGGGCACGGGACGGGGAGAAGUGGGGUUCACUCCGGCGGAACUGGAGGGGCGGAGAAGGGGCACCCACCCUGCCCGCCGUUGCAGCAAUAACCUUUGGGCCCCGUGCUCCCACCCACCACCACAAUUUCACCGCCCACACGAGCGAUGACCUCCAGAAUAUCCCAUUGCACUGCAGGUUGUCAUGUAUAUUUAUAUAUGGGUUUUCUUUCCUUUCCCGGGAGCAGGACGAGGAACGACUUCCUCCUCGUUGGCCCCCCGACUUCCCUCUUUUCGGGUUAAUGUUUGAUGAUGGGUGUCAGUAUCAUAGCGAGGAUUCCCUUGGAACAGUAGGCUCCUACCAAUAAAUACUAUAUGAUUUUUUCCCAAACUGUAUUGAGACAGAUAUGCAUAUGAGUAUUCAUAUAUAUAAAAAUACUAUUUAUAUAUGUAUGUCAAUAUAUGCUUCUUUUUACCCGGACUGGAGAUAAAUUUAUAUGUAUAUGUAUAUGAGUAUUCAUAUAUAUAUAUAUAUAUAUAUAUAUAUAUAUAUAUAUAUAUAUAUAUAUAUAUGCUAUUGAUAUAUAUGUAUGUCAAUACUAUAUGCUUCUUUUUACCCGGACUGGAGAUACAUAUGUAUAUGUAUAUGCAUAUGAAUACUAUUGAGAUAUAUGUAUAUCAAUACCAUAGGUUUCUUUUUACCCAGACUGUAUUGGCAUAUAUAUAAGAGUAUUCAUAUAUAUGUGUGUGUAUAUGUAUACUAUUGAGAUAUAUAUAUAUAUAUAUAUAUAUAUAUAUAUAUAUAUAUAUAUAUAUAUAUAUCAAUACCAUAGGUUUCUUUUUAGCCAGACUGUAUUGAUGUGUGUGUGUGUGUGUAUACACACACACACACACACACACACACACACACGAAUACUAUUGUUGUGAUAUAUAUAUAUAUAUAUAUCAAUACUAUAUACUUCUUUUUACCCAAACUGUAUUGAGAUAUAUAUGCUAUUGAUAUAUAUAUAUAUAUAUAUAUAUAUAUAUGUCAAUACUAUAUGCUUCUUUUUACCCGACUGGAGAUGUAUAUGUAUAUGUAUACGAAUACUAUUGAGAUAUAUGUAUAUCAAUACCAUAGGUUUCUUUUUACCCAGACUGUAUUGAUAUAUAGUAUUCAUAUAUAUGUGUAUGCAUAUGUAUACUAUUGGGAUAUAUGUAUAUCAAUACCAUAGGUUUCCUUUUACCCAGACUAUUGAUAUAUGUAUAUGUAUAUGAGUAUAUAUAUAUGAAUACUAUUGGUAUAUGUAUGUCCAUACUAUAUGUUUCUUUUUACCCAGACUAUAUGUGUGUGUGUAUAUAUAUAUAUGUAACCUAUGGUAUUGAUAUACAUAUCAUAGAAUCAUAGAAUAGUAGAGUUGGAAGAGACCACAUGGGCCAUCCAGUCCAACCCCCUGCCAAGAAGCAGGAAAUCGCAUUCAAAGCACCCCCGACAGAUGGCCAUCCAGCCUCUGCUUAAAAGCCUCCAAGGAAGGAGCCUCCACCACAGCCCCGGGGAGAGAGUUCCACUGCCGAACAGCCCUUCUCACAGUGAGGAAGUUCUUCCUGAUGUUCAGGUGGAAUCUCCUUUCCUGUAGUUUGAAGCCAUUGUUCCGUGUCCUAGUCUCCAGGGCAGCAGAAAACAAGCUUGCUCCCUCCUCCCUAUGACUUCCCUUCACGUAUUUGUACAUGGCUAUCAUGUCUCCUCUCAACCUUCUCUACACACACACCAUUCAGAUAUAUGUAUAUCAAUACCAUAGGUUUCUUUUUACCCAGACUAUAUAUAUAUAUAUGUAUAUGAUUAUUCAUAUAUAUAUAUAAAUACUAUUGAUAUAUGUAUGUCAAUACUAUAUGCUUCAUUUUACCCUGACUGUAUUGACAUAUAUAUGUAUAUGAAUAUAUACACACACACACAUAUACACACAGUAUUGAUAUAUAUAUAUAUGUGUGUGUGUGUAUAUAUAAAUAUUUUGUAGAGCAAAUUGGUAUUUCCAAUUCAAGACUUAAGGGAAUUCACAUAUAUGUAUCUCAAUACCAUAGGCUUCUUUUUACCCGGACUAUUGAUAUAUAUAUGUAUAGAUAUAUGUAUAUGUAUAUAUAUAUAUCAGUCGGGGUUUUGUGAUGGUCAUCCCCAUCAGGGCCAGUCUUUUGUAGAGCAAAUGCGUCUUUCCAAUUCAAGACUUAAGGGAAUUCACAUAUAUGUAUAUCAAUACCAUAGGCUUCUUUUUACCCAGACUAUUGAUAUAUAUAUAUAUAUAUAUAUAUUGAUAUAUAUGUCAGUCGGAUACAGUCAGGGCAAUGAAAAUGGAGUUGGAAUACUUUGGUUUUGGGUUAGCGAUAGAUAGCUCGUCGUAAAGACAUUGCCGCCGGCUCCAUGACACUACUGUGCUCCAGCCUCCGAAAUCUGCUCCCGUUUGAGUCCACAUUUGUCAUUUCCUUUCCCUAAAAAUUAGAAGGUCUUUUGUGGGGGUCCAAAGCUACAACCCAAUAUGUGUUCAGUCCCCAAAAAAGCCUUCUAGCGGAAUAUAGGGGAGGCAUUAUCAUCAUAACAAUACAAAAUGAGCAGAAGGAACUUCCCCAGAGCACCCAUUUGGACGUUGCGCACCUUUGUUUGCCCAUUAUGCAUGUGACUUUGUUUCUCAAGGUAGCACAGAGGCGGGAUUUUUUUAUAUAUAUGAAUAUAAAUAUAUAAAUAUAUUAGUUCUGUAGCCUUCGAACCCUGUCCCACUUUGUGGUAAAGCUCUUGACGGUGUUGUCAUUCCCACUUCCCGACCCCCCUCCCAAAAAAAUCCGAAUAAAUUCGAACAUAUUCCCCUUUUUCUUUCAGUGUCCAUAUUUGUCGUUUCCCCUUUUGAUUUUCGAACGAGAAAAAAGUUAAAAAUGCAACCUUUCGCUCUUUCCGUCUGCUUCGCUUCUCCCCCGUUUUAACGAAAAGACAUUUUAAGAAAUGUUGUGUUUGUAUAUAUUCCUUUUAGAGAUUGAGAGAGAGAGAGAUGAAAAGAAUGAUCUUUGUUUUGCUUCCUGUGUUUAUUAUUAAUCCUUUGACCUAUAUUAAGAGGAACUGAGAAAAAAUAAUAAUUAAUAAUAAUUCUGUAUUGAGGAUGUAAUAGCUGUGCCUUUUCAAAUAAAGAAAUCAGAUGGUUGGUUAUACUGUGA